UCAACAGCGGCCACCGCGUCAUCUGGCAAGCCAGUGGGCUCGAGGUCAACAGGCACGACAGUGGGCACCGGGUCAUCAGGUACUGACAGCGGGCACUGGGUCACCAGGCAUACAGGUCAUUUGGCUUGCCAUCGCGGCACCGCGUCAUCUGGCAAGGCAGUGGGCACCGAGGUCACCAGGCAUUGGAUCCGUCUGGCCUCGACAGCGGGCAAUCGCUCACCAGGUAAUGACAGCGGGCACUGGGUCACCAGGCCAUCAGGUCAUUUGGCUCCCCACGGGGCACCGCGUCAUCUGGCAAGGCAGUGGGCACCGAGUCACCAGGUACGACAGCGGGCUCUGAGUCAAUUGGCACACAGAGCGGGCACCGAUCAGGUACCGCUGGAUCAUCUGGAUCAACAGCGGCAUCGAGUCAACUGG